AUGGGUCGUGAGGACCAACAAGAGGAAAAGGAAACGCUAAAAUCAAUUUUUCCGGAUGAAAUAGCAGAUAUAUCGGAGGACUCGUACCGAAUAUCGGUCACUCUUGAUGUCAGCCACCAUGGAGAGGAUUAUUCCGACCCUCCCAUUCUUAUCCUUCAGGUGACCUACCCCGAAGACUAUCCUGAUGUUGCGCCUCGCCUUGAAAUUUCCGCGCCACCAAAUUCUCCAAAGUAUCCGCAUUUCGAUAUACAAGAAGACCGUGACCGAUUGCUAGACCUUCUCACAAGCACGGUUGAAGAAAACCUGGGAAUGGCAAUGGUAUUUACACUUGUUGAUAUCCUUAAAGAAGGCGCAGAGUUACUUGUUUCAGAGCGCCACGCCGCCGUCGAAGCACAAAAGGAGGUCGAAGCGGCGAAAGCGGAAGAGGAAGAAAACCGAAAAUUCCAGGGCGAGGCUGUCACCAGGGACAGUUUUCUUGCAUGGCGCGAAAAAUUCCGACGAGAAAUGGAGGAAGAAGAGAAACGGAAACAGGAAGAGAAGGAAGCGGAGGAGAAAAGAAAGAGAGGCCCUAAAGAGCCGAAAAAACCUACUGGAAAACAAUUGUGGGAGAGUGGCCUUGCAGGCAAGGGGGAUUAUGACGAAGAUGAAUCUCUGCCGGCAAAAUUUGCCAGCGCUAGCAUAACAGAAUAA